UUUUGCCUAACAUAGGAAAGGCGCCGACUUUCCGCGACGUUCUGAUUUUCUGGGCUCUAUUCCCCCAUCACGCGUCCGAUCUACCACCGGUUUCUGGAAGCGCUUCGGUAGAACAUGUGGGCGUCUGUUUCCCUUCGGGCUAUUUUCAUGGAACUGGAUGCCGUUCGCGGCAUCACGGUUGAAAGGGCCCGGGAAAAUGAACACGAUCCCAACAAAUCGACCCUGCACCCCCUCCUUUAGCUACCCCAUCUCAUGUCCUCUCCGCACACUGCGCAACUGCAAAUCCAUUUCGUCGUCGUAGGCGGUGGCAUCGGAGGCCUGGCGUGUGCCUACGCGCUGGCGAUUGCCGGGCACGACGUGACGCUGAUCGAGAAAAGCGCCUUGGACGCCAAGACCCAAGGCAGCGUGCGAUGCCCCCCGAAUGUGACCCGCCUCCUUUUGCAGUGGCCGGGAACCGCUGAACUCUUCAAGGAGUCCGCGACUACGAUUUCGGGAUUGUCGUUCAGGGACGGUCAGACGGGCGAGCCGAUCGGCUUCAUGCGGUUCUACGAGGAAAUCAUCUCGGACCUCCAGGCUGAUUUCUUCGCGCUCAAGCACGACGACCUGAGGCGCCACCUCGUUUCUCUCUGCGUGAGCAGUGGGCGAGUCGAAUUCGUCCGCGGGCAUGUCGUGGGCUCGCCGAAGGAGUCCGUCGACGGCCACGUUUCGGUGACGCUGCAGAACGGCCGGGUAAUUUCCGGAGACCUCAUCGUUGGUGCGGAUGGCCAUCAGAGCAUUGUCCGAAAACUUUUCUUCGACGAGCAAGAACAUUCGGAUCUCAUUGUUACUGGCGCCAGUCUGGUGAUUCCUACCCAAGCUGUUGUAGACCGCGGUCUUGCCAACGAACACGAGACUACUAGCGAAACCUUUUAUCUCGGAAUCUGCACCCCUCGCUCGGUCGCGGCUCUCAACUGCGACUGGUUCAAGAGUUACGACAACAGUUUUCUCCCUGCCUUUGAUCUAACUGGGUAUGACCCUCGUCUCCGGGAGUUGAUUGAAUGCGCUAUCGAUUGCCAUCCUACGGUCCAAACAAUCUACGAGGACCGUGAUGUUGUGGGACCUAAUUCCCGGGUCAUUCUCAUCGGCGACGCGGCCAAUUCUACAUUGCUGCACGGAACGCACAACACCUCGAUGGCUAUCGAAGACGCCGUGACUUUGGGCUCCCUCUUCUCGAGGUUGAGCAAGCGUGAACAGAUCGACAUCGCAAUCGAGGCGUACGAGGACCUGCGUCAGACCCGGGUGGAGCAGACUCAGGAAUCCGAGUACGCGUCUCUGCACCAGAUCAGUCUCCCGGACGGCGUUGAGCGCCAGCGCCGCGACGCCGUGUUGGAAUUGACGCUCCGGCCCGAAUACGAGAGCUUCGAGGACUGCAGCGACUCGGACGACCUGAUCGAAACUUGGGAGCCGUACCUGGCCGUGUUCAACUACGACGCCAUCGAGGCCGUCGACGAUUGGUUCUCCCAGCUGGCCUUCAUCUUCAACGAUGUGCCUGACGUCGUGGCCACACUGCGAUGCGGGAGCCGAAACACUGACGACGACCCUACUGACCUGUACAUUUCUAUUCGACGUACUAUCUACAUCUGCGACCAUCCCAUAUCACGACCACGGACGCCAUCCGCGAUGCCCGCGCAGUCGUUGAUUGUGCCGACAAUCUUGCCUACCGGCACCCUCCAUUUUGCGGAAGUCGAGCACAGCGCCACGGCGCAGGACGUGAUCAAUGCGCUGCUGCUAGUCGCAGGCUUGAAGAGCGAGAUAAUGGGGGACGUGGAGGAGGGGGAUGCGGGGUGGGCUCUGCAGACGAUUAGGGUGGAACGGCCUGGACGGCCAUGGGAGGAGGUCGAGCUUGAGGCCUUGGGAGACGGCAAGCUUGAUCCCACGACGCCCGUAGCCCCACUCGUAGAGACGACGACGAGCCCCCGACCCCCGAUGCAACGACACUUCUCCUCGUUCCCGAUGACUUCGCAUCUGCACAAUCCCGUUCUGCGCCUAGUCUCACUGCAUCCAGCGCUAUCAGUAUCUUUCACCUUCGCGCGCGUCUGGGAGAUCCACGACACCUUUCUGUACAAGAUCUUCAUCUCUCGCAACACGACUGUUGCGGAAGUCAUCGAGGCUGCGGUUGAGGAGCUUGGAUUGGCUAAGACGCUGCCUAUACCCGGCGGAGGAAACUUGGACUAUGUAAUAGAAGAGGUCUGGGAAGACGGAGAGACUAAAGCAACCAAGCUCCCCGGCUCGUCGAUCAUGUAUAGAAUCGUCCGGACACCGUUCACCGCCAACCCUCUCUCGUCUUCCGCCACCCGCUCCUUCCGUCUGUGCGUUCCAGAUGAAUGGUACCGCAGGUCCAAGUCCCGCAGUGUCUCCGGUGCAUCAAUAGAACCCUCCGAGUCCACGAUCCGGCGCCUUGCCUCUCUGCAGGAGCAGGAGGAAGAGGACGAGGGAGAGGAUCAGGAGGGCACAGCCAAGCUCACCGACACUGUCGUUUCACCCCGAUCGAGCUCUGCCGAAGAACCCGCGCCCAGCAAUCGAUUGUCGAUGAUGUUUGAUGGAUGGCUGCGAGGGGGCCCGAGUCGGGAUAGUGUUGUGGUCCCAACCUCGGCAGCGGAGAACCGCAAGAGCAUCGUGAGCGAACCGAAGCUUGUGCCGCACUUCACCGGCGGCGGACUAAAUGAUGCGGAUCCUGCCGAGGAGGAUCAAGGAUUCGACGAGGCUGCGUUCGAAGCCAUGCUUGACGACCUGGGUCUCAAAGGCGACAAACGAACGGCGAUGCACAACAUGGCGCCAGAGAGGAAGCGCUAUCUGCUCGGGCAAAGCCGACAGGCUAAGCCUAAGGCUCAUGCGACACCUCCGAAAGCCGCCGGCUACGCCCAGUCGUACGGCCCAUCGAGUGCAGCGGCCCUGCUUCCUAGGCUGGUGCCGCAGCUGACUGGCGAUGGGCUCAUGAAACGGUUCUCGAUGACGGGCUGGGGCGCCGCAUCACCCCUCUCAGAGUCCGGAAACUUCGACCCCGAGCCCGAGGUGGCACCCGCCGCAGAGGAAAUCGCACCCCUGCAAGCGCAAAGCACGGGGGGCCUGUGGAGCAGCUGGUGGGCGUCGUCAGGUGGCGACAAGAGCAGCAGCGGUUCCAAGGAGACGAGCAAAUCGGCGAAAUGGUAUGUCGACGGCCUGCGCUCGAGCAAGCCCGACGUCAGGCUCGUGAAACACCUCAUCUCGCUGAGGGUACAUCUUUCAACGGCCAAGCUGGUCUGGAUCCAAGAGUUCGUCGGGGAUGAGCAUGGCUUGGAUGUGCUCGGGACGUUGCUAGCUGGGCUGGUCGCCAAGGGCGGCAAACGGCGCACUCUGACGGAGGUUGAGACGACUGUGCUUCAUGAAGUGAUCAAGUGUCUGCGGGUGCUGCUGAACACCGAGCCUGGAUUCAACCAAGUUCUGGGAUCGCCGGCCAUCAUCACACACAUCGCAUACUCCCUCCACGCAGCGACACCGAAACUGCGCAGUCUCUCUUCCGAAUUGCUGGCGGCCAUCUGCGUGCUGUCACUGACGGAAGGCCACAAGGCCGUUCUCGCCGCCCUGUCCGACUACCGAGUCGAAUUCGAAGAGUCCUUCCGCUUCGAGGGACUCAUCGCCUCGCUGCGGUUGCCUGAUCCGGCGACGGAUGUGGAGAGCGACGACGGUCUCGAGAUGAGCGCGAGCGAGGAGGACGGCGCGUGGGAAGCGAGGACUGCGUCCAUGGCGCUGAUCAACGCGCUGACGAACUGCCCCGAGGCACUCGAGGACCGCGUCAUGCUCCGAGAAGAGUUCGGACGGCGGGGCCUGAACGAAGUCGUUGUGGCUCUGCGGUACAUCAAACCCCCGGAUACUCUGCUUACGCAACUAGACGUCUACACAGAAGAAAAGUUUGAAGACGAGCAGGACAUGCGCGAGCGUGCGCGUGACCUGAUGAGCCGGUCGCAAGAAAGGGGAUCGUCGGAGUCGGCGCUGGAGAAUCUCAUAAGGCUGGCUAAGCAGCACGGGGAGUUGUAUCCGAUGAUGAUUGAGAUUAUGAACCACUACGGGCAGAUCCUCGAGAAGGAUAUCGGAAUGCAACUGAAGGCGGACUUGUUCAAGAUUCUGGAUCGGUUUGUAGAGCAGGCGGCGAUGCUGGAUGAUUUCGACGACGGCUGGCAGCUUUUCAUGAAGCGCUUCGCAGCUUCCGUUGUGCACAUCACGGGCCAAGAACUCGAGGUUAACGCACCUUCGGAUUCCGCAUCGAGUUCUAUCGCUGAGCAAGAGCUCGAGUCUCUUAGGACUAAGUAUGAGGAGCUGAGCGACGAGCGUACCGAGCUGAGGAACAAGCUAAAUCAGCAAAUCGCUGAGAUGAACACGCUGAAGAGUCUGCCGCUGAACCUGCAAGUUCCCAACACCAAGUCCAGCGGUAAGAGUGGUGAGAACUUCCAUGGACUGGUGCAGCGACUGGUCCAGAAGGAGAAGCAGGUGCUCCAGCUCCAGGCCGAGAUAGAUCGCUUUAAGGCUCAGAAUCCGGGUGAAGCUAGGGAAGCGGACGAUCGGGCGAAACGGGAGCGGGACAGAGCUAAGUGGAACUCGUUGAAUGAUGAGAUUGCCAAGCUCAAGACCAAGAACGCCGAACUCGAAUCCGCUGGGGCUUUCAAAGAUAAGGAGAUCACGUAUCUGAAGCGGGCGCUCGAGUCGGUCUACACACGCUUCAUCUCGCGGGAAGAGUCCAAGGAGGAAGCAGAAAUGGACGCCGCGAUGAUGGCAUCGCGCACGAUCGACAGUUUGACACGCAAAGACGAAGAGAUCGCGGCUCUGGUGGUCGAGGUCAACGAGCUCCAGGCCAAACUAGCGGCCAAACCCGCCAUGACGGAGAAAGAGUUCAAAGCUGCUCACGCGCCGCCACCUCCCCCGCCGUCCAAACGCGCGUCAGUCAAGACGAAUUCGCCCCGGUCGCCCCCGCCCCCUCCGCCGCCUCCACCGCCCAGGCCGCCGACGCGGUCUGUCACGCUUCCCGAGUUGGGAACGACAGCCCAGUCUUCGCCUCCUCCGCCCCCGCCGCCUCCAGCCCCGCCCAGUCCAUCCUCGAUGCCAUCAUCGCCUCCGCCCCCACCACCCCCACCACCACCGGUUACUGGGAAUGCGCCGCCUCCGCCUCCUCCGCCGCCCCCACCGUCGACAAUCGGUGUCGCAGCACCGCCACCGCCACCGCCACCGCCACCGCCUCCACCGGGCAGCGGGGCACCACCGCCGCCGCCGCCUCCGAGCGCGUUCCGAUCCCCUGUCAGGGUCUCGAAGCCGGCCAAACGGCUGAAGCCCUUCUUCUGGAACAAGGUGAAUGCGGCGGGCGGCUCUGUGUGGAACGACAUCGGCGCUGGGUUUGAGUUCAAGAUGGACGAUCUGGAGGCCACGUUCACGCUUGACAACACGCCGACGACGCCGUCCCAGCUGCGCGCCAGUCCGAAGAGGCAGGCGGUGACGACGCUGCUGGAUAUCACCAGGGCGAAUAACAUUGCGAUUAUGUUGUCGCGCAUCAAGAUGGGAUUUCCUGACAUCAAGCAGGCGUUGCUGGAUUUGAACGACGAGAAGCUGUCGGUGGACGAUCUGAAGGCGAUCAGCAAGCAGUUGCCCACCGCAGAGGAGAUGGGCCGAAUCAAGGAUUUCGACGACGACUUGGGCAAGCUGGCGAAGGCGGACCAGUACUUCGGGCAGGUGAUGACGAUCCCACGUUUGUCCGAACGGCUGGAAUGCAUGCUGUACCGACGUAAGCUUGACUUGGACAUCGAGGAGAUCCGGCCAGAGCUGAAUAUCCUGCGCAAUGCGUCGCACGAGCUGCGGUCGUCGCCCAAGUUCAAGCAGGUGCUGCAGGCCGUGCUGGCGCUCGGCAACGCGCUGAACGGGUCGACGUUCCGGGGCGGAGCGCGCGGGUUCCAGCUGGAGGCGCUGCUGAAGAUGAAGGAGACGAAGACCGCGCGCGGGGGCGCCGACUGCCCGACGCUGCUGCACUACUUGGCCCGCGUGCUGAUGCGCACGGACGUGUCGCUCGUGAACUUCAUCGAGGAGAUGCCGCACCUGGAGGCCGCGGCGCGCGUGUCGCUGCAGACGGUCGCGCAGUCCGUCGCGACGCUCGUGGCGGGGCUGGCCCAGGUGAAGGACGAGAUGCAGAAGAAGAGGCAGGCGGGGUCGCCCUCGGGGGAUCGCUUUGUAUAUGUUAUGCAGCCGUUUGCGGGGCAGGUGGAGCCGAGUGUGGUGGCGCUGAAGAACAUGUCGCAGUCGUUGGACACGGAGCUGCGCUCGCUGCUCGCGUAUUACGGCGAGACACCCGAGACGAUCUCGCCCGAAGACUUUUUCGGGCUGAUCGUGUCGUUCUCGACGCUGCUGCAGAAAUGCGCGCUGGAGAUGGUGGACAAGGCCGACUUCAAGACACCCGCGGUCGUAACCGCCGCUCCGGAGGAGCCGGCUUCUGAAGCCGGCUCGUCGACGAUCAAGGUUGCACCGGCAGCGGCAGGCAACUCGCUCGUCCCGCCGCCGUCGCACACGCCCAAUUCGCAGGGCCGGUCUGUUGGACGUGGGGAUCUCGACCAGGCGAUCAGGAGCAUGCGGGAUGGGAAACGGAGGGUGAGGCCGACUCGGCCGCUGAGCAAGAUAUUCGUCGAUGGCGGGCGGCCUGCGAGUCGGCUCUAUGACUAAUGACCAAUCGAGGACCGUAUUAUCUGUUUAUGCUACAUACAUAAUGAAGUGAUCUCAAUGUACAAGAGACUGCAAAUCAAAUUAUCAAUGUUGAUGCUUUUCUG